AUGUUCUCUAACAACACGUCAGUUCAGCUCAACGUGACAAAUGUCACAGUAGAGUUUGACUGGGAGCCGUAUUUCUACGCGAGUUCCCCCUAUGGAGAACUCCAGCUCGUGUACCUGGGCGCAUCGCUGCUGCUGGCGGUCGGCGGGAACACCGCGGUGCUGCUGACCGUCCUUCUCACCGAGGACCUCCGGACGCCGGGGAACGUGCUGAUCUGUGCGCUGGCAGCCACGGACAUCCUCCAGGCCGUCACCAAGAUCCCGUUGGCCAUGUAUUUCCUGGUCAUACGAGAGGCUCUAGUCUGCGAUGCCUUCCAGGUGGCCGUCAGCGCCAUAUACAUGUUCUUCGGAACCUUCUCCGUCUGUAUCAUCGCACCCAUCUCACUGGACAGAUACUGGUUCAUUUGCUCCCCCCUGCGAUACCCAGACAUCAUGACCAAGACCCGCACGGCGCUGCUGACGGGCGGAUUCGCGCUCCUGACCUUCAUCACUGUCCUACCGCCGCUGAUCGAGGGAGGGCGUGACAGCUUCUUCCCCACCUACUUCGUGUGCAGAUAUGAGGGACCUGCUCGACUGAUCAGACAGUCUCUGAUGAACACGUGCUUUGCCAUCACCUUAGCCACGAUGUUCUUCUGUUACUACAGGAUCUGGCGCGAGGUCCGGCGACAACACGCUAUAGUUCAGCAUCUGCAGCCCGCGCCGCUAGCCGACAGGACCCAGGGAACGUCCAAAACAGGAGGGCAGACCCAGGACACUACAGCCGACCAGCCUGGGGACGAGAGUGACCCGGCAGAUCUUGGCGAACGGUGGGCGUGCCCUCGCCAUGCACACGUUAACCUCGGCUUUCAAGCGGAAGCCGAACCUUCAAAACCACCUGCCCAAGAUGAUCCUCAGCGUAACGCUGUCAGCCAGCCUUCGGGUCAGCCUGUACCUGCCGCACAGGAGCCGAGCCGGCCGCUCCUCUCCCCGGAGUUCCAGAAGCGCCUGAGGACGGCCGGUACGAUCAUGAUGGUCGUGGUGGUGUUCUGGGCGACCUGGAUCCCUUACAGCGUCACCAUCUUCCGCAUGGGCAUCGUCGGGGUGGAGGAAGUCGCGCCAACCGACGCGGUGUGGCAGAGACUCUCCCUUCUGGUCUCCAUGGUCUCCACCUACUCCAACCCCAUCAUCUACGCCUACCGGAACAGAGAGCUGCGCCUUGCGUUCCUCCGGCUCUGUCGCCAUCGCUAA